AUGAAGAGCGUUUACAGGGGGACUUUUGUCCACUCGACAUGGGAGACACCGCUCCAAAUCCUGGAAGAUGCGCUCCUGGGGGUGGAUGAAGGUGGCAAGAUUGCCUUCAUUGGGGAAGGAAAAGACAUCAAACAACUGUCUCAGAAGUUUGGAUUCAACCUUUCUGAAGUCAUUCAGCUGGCACAACAUGAGUUCUUCAUGCCGGGAAUGGUGGACACCCACAUCCAUGCAUCCCAGUACAGCUAUGCUGGCACGGCCCUGGACCUGCCGCUCCUGCAGUGGCUCAAUACCUACACCUUUCCAGUGGAGGCACAGUUUGACAACCUGGAGUUUGCACGCAAAGUUUACACUCAAGUUGUGAAAAGGACUCUAAGAAAUGGAACAACCACUGCCUGUUACUUCGCAACGAUACACACAGAUGCCUCUCUCCUGUUGGGCCAACUUGCAAAUGACUUUGGACAGCGUGCCUUAGUGGGCAAAGUGUGUAUGGACGUGAACGACUGUGUCAAAAACUACAGAGAAACCAGUAAGGACUCUGAAGAGGAAACAGGCCGGUUUAUUAAGGAACUUUUAAAGAAAGAGUACCCUCUUGUGAGGCCAGUGGUGACCCCCCGCUUUGCCGUGACCUGCACCGAGCCCUUACUCAAACAGCUGGCAGCGAUCGCUCGGAAUAAUAGCGUGCACAUUCAGAGUCACAUCAGUGAAAAUGUCGACGAAGUGGAGCUUGUAAAGAAGCUGUUUCCUGAUUCAACGUCCUACACCGAUGUUUACCACAAAUGCAACCUUCUCACCAACAAGACCGUGAUGGCUCAUGGCUGCCAUCUCAGUGACAAGGAGCUGGCUGUGUUCAGAGAGACUGGGACGUCUUUGGCUCACUGUCCUAAUUCCAACUUAUCGUUGUGCAGCGGACUGUUGGACGUGCGUAACGUCCUGAAACACAAAGUGAAAGUGGGGCUGGGAACAGAUGUUGCAGGAGGCUACUCCGCCUCAAUGAUCGAUGCUGUGAGGAGAACUCUGGAUACGUCCAAAAUCUUGAGCAUACAGAACCCAAACUAUGAGACGCUCACCUUUGAGGAGGUGUUCAGACUGGCCACACUGGGAGGCAGCCAAGCCUUGUCUCUGGAUGAACAAACGGGGAAUUUCCAGGUGGGCAAACACUUUGAUGCCCUGAGGGUGAAUGUGGCUGUUCCCGAAGGACCCAUAGACCUGAUCCAGCCCGAGGAACCAAAGAUUCUUUUGGAAAAGUUCCUAAAUUUGGGUGAUGAUCGUAACAUCGUGGAGGUGUUUGUUGCUGGAAGGAAGGUGGUGCCUUUUACAGAUUGAAAGUGAAAUUGCUUUGAUGCUCCAGUGCAUAUCUGAAAGAUAUAACAUCCUUUAUACAAUCUUUUAAUUUUUACGGGGGUGAACUGAAGUGGAUUAUGGCACAAAAAUAGUACAAUAUCUGAUAUAACAUCAACAUUUUAACCCAGGGAUUAGAAUGGAUAAUGCCAGUGAGGUAACUUCGACCCACCCUGCUCCACCUAGAGGUCAAGUCAUAGAAAUGAUAAAUGGCUCCUACACCAGUUAUAACUGAACAAUUCCACCACAUUGAUAUGAGAAUGAAAACUAUAAGUUUUCUGAAAAUAUUCUUUAAUUUUUCAUCUCAA